AUGGUCCUACAGUGCGACAAAGACGAUUACAUGCUCGGUGGCCCUGGAUGCGUCGUCGAGGCAGACGAAGGCAAAUUCGGAAGGCGCAAGGACAAUCGCGGACGCUGCGUGAACUCUGACUGGGUGUUCGGUAUGGUGGAAAGAGGCGGCGAGAGAAAGCUGGCAUUAGCGGUUGUGCCCGACAGAAAGGCGAACACAUUGCUCCCCCUUAUCAUGGCCUUCAUUCGGCCAGGAACGACAAUCAACACUGACAAACACGGUGGGUAUAACAAAAUUGGAGAACUAACAGGCUACGAUUACACCCACAGGACACUAUGUCACAAAUAUGAAUUCGUCGCGGCAGAUGGAACGCACACGCAAACAAUCGAAGGAAACUGGAGGGUGUUGAAAAAGAACGUCCCAGAGUCACAGAGAGAAGGAAGCAACUUGCAGGAGUACCUGUACGAGUGCAUGUGGCGACGCAAACAUGCGAAACACCUGUGGGCAUCUUUCCUGGAGGGUCUAGCGAGGCUACGUUACAGGCCGGAGGACAUCGACCGUCUAUGGGAAUUACGCGAGGAAAAUGAAGAGUCAUGGAGUCCCGAGGAAUCUUCCAGUGAUGACUCUCUGGAGUAUGAUUCCAGUGCCACCGACAGCAGUUUGAGUGAAGUAUCAUCGAGUUAUAUGGUUAUCCAGUUAGUUAAUGAGUUAGUUUAA